CUGUCGUUAGGGUUACCAAAUUUUGGGAACAAUUUAUUUCGCGAAAGCUCGUCGGGGUCAUGAAAGUCAAAUGGUGGUAUCACAGUCGCUACCGCUCUGUUUGUACAUAUUUGAACAACAGUGUAUGUAAUGACACCGUUACCGCAGUAGGUGCAUUAUUGAGAAGAAAAAAAAGCAGAACGUUACCAAGGAAACGGAAAGCUCGAACACGCCUGCCAUCGGAAUCUAUUGGAGUUGAGACAAAAGUAGAUGUGUCUCAUCAAGUUGGGAAAUGAAUUUCUACUAUAUAAAAUGCGCGUUUGGCCAUCGAUGAGCAAUAGCCGAGAUCCGUGUGUCACCCAAUCAGCUAACUCUCAUUCUACAUACACCUACAAACAGUCUGGUGCUGACAGACUGUGCUUGGGAAGUGGUUUUCCUGCUAAGAUCAGCAGUCGAUCAUCACCAGUCGACGGACAACCAUAGCAGAGUAGCUGUUUGCCCUCAACAAACAUCAUCCUCGUCGGCUUAUCACAGCUGUUUGCGGUCCAGUUACGGUGAGAGCAAACAGAAUAGUGAUUGCUGUAGUAACGAAUAGCCCAACAUUCAGUCACAGUUCAUCUCGUGGUCACUGGGUAGGCACAAGGUUGCUCAGAACGCUAGAGAACUAGAGCCGUGCGUGCUAAUACCGGACCGAACCAGCGCAAAGGUUCAACGAUUUUCCCGCAUUCAUCGGUCUCGUGCAGAACUGAAGGCGUUGACUGCAUUGUGGAGAUUAUAUAAGAAAUUCCCGGGAAGGCCAAUUAAUUGUUGUCAAUUGUGUUGAGUGAAGUGCGCGGACGCGAUUAGUCUCCGAAGCGAAAUCAAAUUUUGAUAGUUUGGCGUACGCAAACAGUGGGAAAGAAUUGGUUUAAUUGAAGUUUUAUUAUUAUUUAAACUAUAAUCUUGAAGAUUGUUCGAAGUGGUGAAACACAUUGCGUCAUGUUGAACCCGAAGGGAGGAGCUGGUGAUAGCAACGCAAAAGUGAAACCCGAAUUCAAUGAGUUAUCAUAUCUCGUAACAAGACAGUGCCUGCAUCGCGAAGAAUUCAAUCAGCUUUCACAGUAUGACAGAUCGGCAACCCCGCCAAUCGAAUCUAUCGUGAGCUCUGUCCGUAAUUUCAGAUGCCUUAACACGCUGCUAAAUUUUAUUCCGAUAUUACGAUGGCUGCCCCAGUAUUCGAUCAAGAAGGAUCUGGUCGGAGAUCUUACAGCGGGCGUCACCGUGGCGGUCAUGCAAAUACCGCAAGGAAUGGCUUACGGAUUACUGGCCGGUGUGCAGGCCAACGUUGGCCUCUAUAUGGCGUUUUUCCAUUGUCUCGUGUAUGCGGCUCUUGGUACUUCGCGGCACAUUUCAGUGGGUGCGUUUGCGGUCGUCAGCCUAAUGACGGCUAAGGUUGUCGCCGGCUAUGCGACGAUGUCGCCAGUAGAGAUGAUAAAUGGAACCAGCUAUGAUCUUCCACCGAUUGAUCCUGCAGAACCGGAGUAUACCCCGAUCCAGGUUGUAACGGCGCUGUCCUUCGUGGUAGGCUGUUAUCACCUAAUCAUGAGCGUCAUCCGCUUGGGAACUCUUUCCGCACUACUAAGCGAACCAUUGGUUAGUGGUUUCACGACGGCUGCUGCCAUUCAUGUACUCGUAAGUCAGAUGAAGGAUUUACUCGGAGUUUCUAUUCCUCGAUACAAGGGUGCAUUUAAAAAUAUUCUGGCCCUGCGAGAUAUUGCCGGACAAAUUCCAAACAGUAACCUUCCGACUGUGUAUACCUCAGUGAUUGUUAUAUUAUUUAUGAUCUUUAUGAACGAGUACCUCAAGCCGUGGUCAUCUUCUAAGUGUAAAUUUCCUAUUCCCGCUGAGCUGAUGGCCGUCGUCGGUGGAACGGUUGCGUCUUACUACAUACGACUGGGUCCAGAUUUCGCAGUCCAAUUGGUUGGAGAAAUUCCCGUUGGCUUGCCAGAGCCACAGAUGCCCCCAGUCGGUCUUCUAAAACUUGUCGCCGUAGAUGCCAUCGCUAUUACCAUCGUAAGUUAUUCAAUCGUCAUGUCGAUGGGAAUGAUCUUUGCUCAGAAAGAAGGCUAUGAGGUCCGAGCCAAUCAGGAGCUGAUCGCCAUGGGCACAACCAAUAUUGUGGGUGCAUUAUUUUCAUGUGUACCGACCGCAUGUUCACUGUCGCGAUCAUUGAUUCAGCAUCAAGCCGGCGGGAAAACUCAGCUUACAUCUGUUGUUUCGUCCAUGUUGAUCUUGAUCGUACUGCUGUGGGUUGGUCCUUACUUCGAAACUUUACCUCGUUGUGUUCUGGCAUCGAUUAUUUUCGUCGCACUGAAGGGAAUGUUGUGGCAGGUGCAACAUGUUAAGAAGUUUCAACGAGAGGGCAGCAUUGAACUGUUUGUGUGGUUGGUAACGUUUUUCAGUGUAACGAUCAUCGAUAUCGACGUGGGUCUGUUGAUUGGCGUGAUCUUCUCGUUGAUGGCAUUGUACAUUAAAGGCUGGAAGUCGUACUACAGCUUACUGGGCACGGUUCCCGAUACAGCAAUCUAUGUGGACAUCGGAAGUCACCAUCGGGCUGAGGAAGUACCACACAUUAAGAUAUUCAAGUAUUCUGGUGCAGUCAACUUUGCCAGUAGAGCAACUUUUAAGAAAGCACUGACCAAGGAAGUAGGCGUUAGCCAGAAGCUGGUCCAGCGAGCAUCACGAUACGAUGCGGCUGGCGAAGGAGCUGGUCUCCAGUUAAUCAAAACGGUAAUCAUCGAUCUCUCAAGUGUACCGCACAUUGACACUGCAGCCUGUAAAAUGUUCAAUGAUGUCAAGAAGGAGAUGAGCAGUGUCGGUGUUAGUACACUGAUUGCUAGCCCGGCAGAUUGCGUUUACGAGACACUGCUGCACGCAGAAUCCAUCGGAGAAGGUGGGUUUCAUAUCUUUCCGACAGUGCAUGACGCGGUUCUAUAUGCGCAGGGCUCCGCAUCGACCGUUUAGAAUGAUAGACAAACGGCAGCUGUUCGUGUUGAUGUGCCAAAGAAUCUGAAUUUACAAGCAUAAUGGGGCAUUGGCUGAAUUACACUGAAUCGACAACCCAAAAUCACCUGUUACUAGAAUAUUUUGAUAAAUUGUAAAGAAAUAGUUGUUUGUAUGAUGGAAUUUGUACCAUGUGCCUUCUACCUCUAUCGGAUUAAGAAAUUUUACAAUGCAACAACUUGGCAAAAGUUAUGAGUUUUUUCCAAUGAAAAGGCAACACGUUCAAACAAAAAGAUGAACAGGAAAUCUAAAAAUUACGUGACGUUGAAUUUAGAAAUAUCCAUAGUUCAAAUACAUUAAUGAUUUUCUUCAUUCACUUUGUUGUUCACAGAUGCGACACGUAAUUUUUACUUACAUAGUACUUAAGGCUUCAUAAGAAAAUUUACACUCACACAUACAUGUUCGUGAAACGAAUAAUUUAAGUGUUAGCUCACGAUGUAACAUCUCGUUAGUAAGGUUUAGAUUGUAUCAAAAAUUCAUCAGAAUAUUUUUAUAGAAUUAAUUUAGCUGAUUUUGAUUAUGUUCUUUUUAGUUUUGUAAAAGGAAUCUAUUCUUUAACUUACAAUUAAUUAUACACGAACAAGUUUAA